UCGAGCUCGCCGCGAACCCAAGAUGGCGGUGUGUGGACGUGUACGGAGGAUGUUUCGCUUGUCGGCAGCGUUGCAGCUGCUGCUGCUAGCGGCAGCCGGGGCCCAGAAUAGCCACGGUCAGGGACAGGGUCUGGGGGCCAACAUUGUGUCUUUCCUAGGGCAAGCUGGAGGCGGCAGCCCGGCGGGGCAGCAGCCACCUCAGCUGUCUCAGUUAUCACAGCAGCAGCAGCAGCAGCAGCCUCCUUUCCCGGCGGGCGGGCCCUCGGGCCGGCGGGGCGGAGCGGGGCCCGGCGGGACUGGCGGAGGCUGGAAGCUGGCGGAGGAAGAGUCCUGCAGAGAAGACGUGACCCGUGUGUGCCCCAAACACACCUGGAGCAACAACCUGGCGGUGCUCGAGUGCCUGCAGGACGUGAGGGAGCCUGAGAAUGAAAUUUCUUCAGACUGCAAUCAUUUGUUGUGGAAUUACAAGCUGAACCUCACUACUGAUCCCAAAUUUGAAUCUGUGGCCAGAGAGGUUUGCAAGUCAACUAUAUCAGAGAUUAAAGAAUGUGCUGAAGAACCAGUUGGUAAAGGUUACAUGGUUUCCUGUUUGGUGGAUCACCGAGGCAACAUAACUGAAUAUCAGUGUCACCAAUACAUUACCAAAAUGACAGCUAUCAUUUUCAGUGACUACCGUCUGAUUUGUGGCUUCAUGGAUGACUGCAAAAAUGACAUCAACAUUUUGAAAUGUGGCAGUAUUCGUCUUGGUGAAAAGGAUGCACAUUCACAAGGUGAGGUGGUGUCAUGUUUGGAAAAGGGCCUCGUGAAAGAAGCAGAAGAAAAAGAGCCCAAGAUUCAAGUCUCUGAACUUUGCAAGAAAGCCAUUCUGCGGGUGGCUGAGCUGUCCUCGGAUGACUUUCAUUUAGACCGGCAUUUGUAUUUUGCUUGCCGAGAUGAUCGGGAGCGCUUUUGUGAAAAUACACAAGCUGGUGAAGGAAGAGUGUAUAAAUGUCUUUUUAACCAUAAAUUUGAAGAAUCCAUGAGUGAAAAGUGUAGAGAAGCACUAACUACACGCCAGAAGCUCAUUGCCCAGGAUUAUAAAGUCAGUUAUUCGUUGGCCAAAUCCUGUAAGAGUGACUUGAAGAAAUACCGGUGCAAUGUAGAAAACCUUCCUCGGUCCCGGGAAGCCAGGCUUUCCUACCUUCUGAUGUGCCUGGAGUCAGCUGUGCACAGAGGUCGGCAAGUGAGCAGUGAGUGCCAAGGGGAGAUGCUAGAUUACCGACGCAUGCUGAUGGAAGAUUUCUCUCUGAGCCCUGAGAUCAUCCUGAGCUGCCGAGGGGAGAUUGAACACCACUGUUCUGGAUUACAUCGGAAAGGGCGAACCCUCCACUGUCUGAUGAAAGUAGUUCGGGGUGAAAAGGGGAACCUUGGAAUGAACUGCCAGCAGGCGCUUCAGACACUGAUUCAGGAGACUGACCCUGGUGCAGAUUACCGCAUUGAUCGGGCUUUGAAUGAAGCUUGUGAAUCUGUAAUCCAGACAGCCUGCAAACACAUACGCUCCGGAGACCCAAUGAUUCUUUCAUGUCUGAUGGAACACUUAUACACAGAGAAGAUGGUGGAAGACUGUGAACACCGUCUCUUAGAGCUGCAGUAUUUUAUCUCUCGGGAUUGGAAGUUGGACCCUGUUUUAUACCGAAAAUGCCAGGGAGAUGCUUCUCGCCUUUGCCAUACCCAUGGUUGGAAUGAGACCAGUGAACUCAUGCCUCCUGGAGCUGUCUUCUCUUGUUUAUAUAGGCACGCCUACCGUACAGAAGAACAAGGAAGGAGGCUCUCACGAGAAUGCCGGGCCGAAGUACAAAGGAUCCUACACCAGCGUGCCAUGGAUGUUAAGCUGGAUCCUGCUCUCCAGGAUAAGUGCCUGAUAGAUCUUGGGAAAUGGUGUAGUGAGAAAACAGAGACUGGGCAGGAGCUUGAGUGCCUCCAAGACCAUCUUGAUGACUUAGCUGUGGAAUGCAGAGACAUAGUGGGCAACCUCACCGAGUUAGAGUCUGAGGAUAUCCAAAUAGAAGCUUUGCUGAUGAGAGCCUGUGAGCCUAUAAUUCAGAACUUUUGCCAUGAUGUGGCAGAUAACCAGAUAGAUUCUGGGGACCUGAUGGAGUGUCUGAUACAGAACAAACACCAGAAGGACAUGAAUGAGAAGUGUGCCAUUGGAGUCACUCACUUCCAGCUGGUACAGAUGAAGGAUUUUCGAUUCUCUUACAAGUUCAAAAUGGCCUGCAAGGAAGAUGUGUUAAAACUUUGUCCCAACAUAAAAAAGAAGGUGGAUGUAGUGAUCUGCCUGAGUACCACUGUGCGCAACGACACUCUACAGGAGGCCAAGGAGCACCGGGUGUCACUGAAGUGCCGCAAGCAACUCCGUGUGGAGGAGCUGGAGAUGACAGAAGACAUCCGUUUGGAGCCAGAUCUGUACGAAGCCUGCAAGGGUGACAUCAAGAGCUUUUGUUCUGCAGUGCAGUAUGGAAAUGCUCAGAUUAUUGAGUGUCUGAAAGAAAACAAGAAGCAGCUGAGUACUCGUUGCCACCAGAAAGUAUUUAAGCUUCAGGAAACAGAGAUGAUGGACCCAGAACUAGACUAUACACUCAUGCGAGUCUGCAAGCAGAUGAUUAAGCGGUUCUGUCCAGAAGCAGAUUCUAAAACCAUGUUACAGUGCUUGAAGCAGAAUAAAAACAGUGAGUUGAUGGAUCCCAAAUGCAAGCAGAUGAUAACCAAGCGCCAGAUCACCCAGAACACAGAUUACCGCUUAAACCCUGUGCUAAGGAAAGCCUGUAAAGCUGACAUCCCUAAAUUCUGUCAUGGUAUCCUGACCAAGGCAAAGGACGAUUCGGAGCUAGAAGGCCAAGUCAUCUCAUGCCUCAAGCUGAGAUAUGCUGACCAGCGCCUGUCUUCAGACUGUGAGGACCAGAUCCGCAUCAUCAUCCAGGAGUCUGCUCUAGAUUACCGCCUGGACCCUCAGCUCCAGCUGCACUGCUCAGAUGAGAUUGCCAGCCUAUGUGCUGAAGAAGCAGCAGCCCAGGAGCAGACAGGCCAAGUGGAAGAAUGUCUCAAGGUCAACCUGCUCAAGAUCAAGACAGAGCUAUGUAAAAAGGAAGUGUUAAAUAUGUUGAAGGAGAGCAAAGCAGACAUCUUUGUGGACCCAGUUCUUCACACGGCGUGUGCUCUGGACAUCAAACACCACUGUGCAGCCAUCACCCCUGGCCGAGGGCGUCAGAUGUCCUGCCUAAUGGAGGCCUUGGAAGACAAGAGGGUGAGGCUGCAGCCCGAGUGCAAGAAGCGUCUCAACGACCGGAUUGAGAUGUGGAGCUAUGCAGCCAAGGUGGCCCCAGCAGAUGGCUUCUCUGAUCUUGCCAUGCAAGUCAUGACAUCGCCCUCGAAGAACUACAUCCUCUCUGUGAUCAGUGGGAGCAUCUGCAUAUUGUUCCUGAUUGGCCUGAUGUGUGGACGGAUCACUAAGCGUGUGACACGGGAGCUCAAGGACAGGUAGAGCCGCCUGACCACCAAAGGAACCACCUGCCCAGGCCCAGUUUGUGCAGCCUUCCUGUAUAGUGCACCCUCUCACUUCGUCCCUCUACGAGGUGGCACCAACACCCACAGUAGAGCAGCAGCAGGUGCCCACUGCAUCUUCCCAUCCAGACUUGGCCACAUCCGCGGUGCCCUCCUCCUCCUCCUCCUCCUCCUCCCAGCUGCCACGGCAGCAUUGGCAGCUGGCUGCUUUGGUGGUAGCCUUUGUUGGCGAAGGGUUUUCCUGCCUGUAGGCAAUUCUGUCAUACCAACAGACCUGCCAGUACUUCCAGAAUCGACACACCUGACCUGCAACUCAAGAUUUUUUUUAAAAACAAAACAAAAAAGACAAAAAAUUUUAAAGAAAGGAAACAGUGUAUAUAGUAGCCAUCUCCUUCAGUCUUGACUCAGCAGUAGGUUCUUUCUUUCAUGUAAUUGAAGCGGGUGACAGCAGGACUUGAGGAGAUAUGCCUAUCCAGUGCCUGAUCAUUGAAAUGUCUGGUUCCUCUCCUAGAAGCAACUUUGGGCCACAUCAAGGCAGGGGACUUCACCAAGUAGUGGGGACACUAAGCAGCCUGCCCUGGGUCCCGUUUGCUUCUGCUACAGCGUGAUGCCUUCCAUCUCCCACCCCAGAUGAGCCACCGCUGCCCACAGCUCCAUAGGAACAGGCAUUCCUGUGAUCUCCCCACUUCAGUGCAGAGGCAAGAGCCUCCCUGGGUCAGUGGCACAUGGACUAGGGAGGAGCAGAAGUCUGUGAAGCAGGACUGUCCACUGAUCUGCACUAAGGCCUGUGUCUGAGCCUGGGGUUGCCCUGGAAGUUCUCUACCUCAACAGGAAGUAGUUACUAGGUUGGGGUGUGGACUUCUGAGAUGAAGAUAAAGGUGCAGUGUAAGGAGGGCAGGGUUGGGCUCCCUUCACUGUGUUUUUUGAGUACAGUACAGGCCAGAAAUGGUGGCUUCUGCAGACUAAGCAUGGUCUCGGGUGUGUGACUGGUAAUGAAGCCAGACCUUGUGUAAACGCCAGGCAGACCUCCCAGACAAGCUCUUGUGCCUCUGUGUGAAGGGAUGUGGAAGUGGUUGCAUUAAAAGAUGGAGGAUUUUCUCCGGGGUUUAGUUUUGUUGUUGUUUUUUCCUUUCUGUUCAUUUGCUGUGUGCACCCACUCUAGUAGGCACUGGCUAGAUGUUAUAUUUUGGUGAUUUGUCAACUUUCCAUAACCUGAGCUUUACAGGAGCAAGAUUCCCAGCCAUCUUGCCUCACUCCUCUAGUGUGGAAAUGACAGGUUAGGCGUAAGAGGGAGGAACCCGGGUAUGGCAGUUCACCUUUGGCUCACUUCUGGUGAGUUUGGGCUGUGGCGUCACAGUGGCAUGUACAGUAGGAGAUAUAUUUAUAUAAUAUAUAUUUUAUUAACCUGUUAGAUGUCCACAAAGUAUUAUAAAUCAUGUGCCUACAACUGUCCACACAGACCCAGGCCCUUUGCGGUGCCCUCUCUGCCCCGGCUCUCAUUUACACCUACAAGUCCCGCUCAGCCUGAGCGUGUGUGUCUUCCCUGAGAUGUGUGUGUUUGCGCAGGCUGUGUCCUUUCAGUCAGUUUCUCCACGUUACUCCUUGUCUGACCUGACUGACAUCGAUUUGAAUACUGUGGUCUUCUUUCUUUGCUGCCUUUUCUAGUGGCAGUGAGUUCCAGAGCCAGCUGUAUGUCCCCUGCAUAGGGGAGAGACGUCGCCAAGGGAUGCUGCUUGCUAAGCUGCCUGGUUCCCUCCAUAUUGCUUUUAGAGUCUUCCUGGUUCUCAGCACCUGCCUUGGGAUUCUUGAGUUUGAUGAGACUGUGAGCCACACCCUCCACUGCUAACUGGCUAAACCAGUCCUUCAAGUCCCUCCCUCCCCAACAGUCUCAGCGUCUCACUGGAGCUGAUAGCCAGAACUGCAGUGUGACAGCUCUGUGAUUCAGGGUCACAUUGAUGUGCGGAGAAGACUAGGGUCAUGGCUUUGAUCCCUGAAGCCUCCCUUCUGAUACGUGCUUCUAACGUGUCUUGGUAUUUCUGUUUCUACACUGACAGGAAUCCUCACUGCCUGUAGAUUUGGAGGUUUGCUGAGUUAGGUUCUUACAAUAUUUGUCAUUAGAAAUGGUCAGAAUAGAAAUGAUAGCUACUGGGGUCUUGAAUUUGCCUAGUACAGGAAGUGUUCAUCUUCCUUGGAGCAGUUCUUACAGCUGGCUCUUGGUCUUAGGCCUGGUCUCAAGUAGGUUUUUCUAGUCUCUGUCUAGGGUCCGGUGCUGUCCAUUCUGUAGCUUGUUGGGCAUAGUGGAGUGGGCUAUAGGGCACUCAAGCCUCUGGCCUCCUAAGUCAAUCAUGGGUAUAAAUUAGUCGUGAACUAGUCAAGAACCCCGACCCUGCAGUGGGAGCCAAAGUCUGAGCCUAAGAAUGGAAGUAGUCAGGAGGUUUGGGCCAAGGCUUCGGCAGCCAGGUCACAAUGGGCUCCCUUUGCCAGCUCAUGCCAGUGUCUUGGGGACUGUUGGUGGUACGCUACCCUUUGCUGCUUCAGAAAAUCAGAGGCCUGGCUGAGGGCCUCUGUGGACCAGUUCAGAAAUCUGGAUAGUGAGUCAAGAACCAGUCUAAUCUUCUCUGACGGGGCCUUUCCCAGUGAAGGAACACUCCAGGAGCAAGACAUUUAUCAUUUUACCAGGGUGCAUCCCUGGACUUGAUUGCUUUUGCUGCUGUCAGAGGACAUGCCAGCAGUCUGGCCCUGGGAAAUCCUUACCCUCUGCAUUCCCAGAGAACACCUGGCUACACUUCCAGCCCUGGUUCUGUGGGUCAAGUCAGCAUGCUGAGCUAGUGCAUCCUUACUAGGAAGGGGUACUCCAGUGACAUUAAGUGAUCAGGUGGUAACAGAACCCAUUAAAGGUACCAUGGCUACCGUCUGCUUUUAGAUACGAGCAUCCAGGCCAGCCUGAGGCCAAAAAUGGUGAGGAAGAGUUCUCUGUCACAGAUGAAUUAGCAGAAAGUUAUUACCCAACUUUAUGUCUUCUUCUUUCCUGAAGUCAAGUGAUAGAGGACACCCUGUUAUCAGACACACUGGGUCGGGGUUACACGAUUAGUGCCCUCAGCCUUCCUGAGAGAACAUUUACUCUUGUGUAUCAGUGUGACUUCCAGAACUCUCCAUGGCUCCCUUAGAGGCUGUGUACCAUUUCUGGGCUCUCCUGGCUGGUCCCAAGUUCUUCUGAAAAGAUACCUCCCUUCUUAUUCCUGUUCUAUCCGCUGUCCCAAAACAAAAACAAACUUUUUCCACUUGCGCCAGACUCAGUCUCUCAGGAGGAUGUAAUUGUGCUCAGAAGUCAGCCGGCCCAGUCUGGCACCUGCAGCCUAAGUCAGGGCCGUAGAACUAGAAGAAGGUGGUGGUGGCCUUUUGAAUACAUGCCUCUUCGAAAUUUGUGUUUCAGCAUCUUGUGAAUUUGAAAACACAGAGCUCAGAAUGCCCUUUUGGAUUUCUCUGCCCUGCUUGGUUUUGGCUCACCCUCCGUGUAGCUUUGAUUUGCUGUCUGUCCAGCCACACUUUCCUUGGCUUCUCUAGUUUCACCUGUUAAGGUAAUCAAGUUUAAAGCCAAAUUUCCCUUCUUGCUACCCAGUUCUCAGACAACAGUGAGUUGUAAGCAAACCAAGAUUAAUCCUCAAAGGAUCCCCUGAGCAGACAGUGACUGCUGUGUGGGCUCAGGAGCAGCUUGUCACCUAAAACACAAAGCCAGCAGUGUCUGCGUAGCAGGUGGUGACAGACCCUGACAGGACUCCUCUGACAUCUUGACCCCUCCCUGGGCCAAGCUCCAGGCUGUGGAAAGCUUCCUAGGUGAGGAGAUGUGCAGACCAUGCCUCUAGGUCAUGGUUCGCCUUUUCCCAACCCGAAACUGACGUGAGAACCUCAGAGCAUGGAGUCCUUUGCUAGCCCAGGUCCCAGCUCCCUGGCAGCGCGUGGGCAGCAGCAGGCUACUCCCUGCGGGAAGGCAGAGUAUAGUGAGUGCUGUGCCAGGUCUCGGGCCGCUAACCUGUUUCUGCUUCUCAUUUUUGUUUUUGUUUUUUUAUUUUUUAAACAAAAGUACAAUUAAGCCUCUUUUGUAAAUGGAUUUCCUUUCUAUGUAUAAAAUCCCUGCAGUUCCUUGUUUUUACAUGUUCAUGCUGUGUAAUUUCAAGAUGUUACUGAGAUUCUGAACAUAAUGUGCAUUUUUUUUUCUGUACAGAUGAAAUGGGAGAAUUUAAUAAAGAGUUUGCAGGUUUGUA